AUGCUGCGUGCAAAGGCAGUAUCAAAUAAAAGAAAACGUUGUUAUUCCCCAUCUGCACUUGUCAGGGCAUAUCAGUCAGUGAAACAAGAUGGAGUCCCUGUAUAUAGGGCAGCUAAGGAACAUGCUGUUCCCUUAACUACUCUUAGAGACCGUGUUGACAAUAGGGUUAACAUUGAUUGUACAAAAACUGGUCCAGAGCCACUUCUGUCUCAGUUUGAGGAGGCCAAACUUGUAAACCAUUUGAAAGAAUUAGCUUCUGUUGGAUAUGGUUAUACAAGGACAGAAGUACUCACCAUGGCAACAGAUUAUGCCAUUCAUCUUGGAAAGAAACGGAUGGAAGAAAAAUGCUUAAGCAUGCAAUGGUUCUACAGUUUUAUGGGCAGAUGGCCAGAAUUAAGAGUUGUUAAACCAUCAAGUUUGUCGGAAUUAAGGGCCAGAUGUGCAUCAGAAACUUCAAUAAGAUCAUACUUCAGUGAACCUGAAUCAAUUCUUGAUAAGUAUAACUUAAAGGAUAAGCCCCAUUUGAUAUAUAACAUCGAUGAAAAGGGAAUGAAUACCGAGUUUAAGCCCCCUAAUAUAGUUGCAGGAAAAGGAUACCAUCCUCAAACUGUUAUGUCAGAAAAAAGUAAAACAAUUACAGUUAUCGGUGCUGGGAAUGCACUAGGAAAUCAAAUCCCGCCAUACUUUGUUUUUCCAGGUCAGUGGAUGAUGCCGGAACUUUUGAGAGGGAAAUUCGUUGGUGCUGACGGAACGAUGACACCUAGCGGAUGGUCAAACUCUGAAGUUUUCCGUUCGUAUAUGAAAAACCACUUUUUAAAGUAUGUUCAAGGUCGAGAUCAGUCUGCGACUAUACUUGCCCUUUAUGACGGUCACAGAAGCCACAUUUCUUUAGAUCUAAUAGAUUGGGCUAAAAACAACAAUGUUAUUCUAUUUGUUCUGCCUCCUCACUGCUCACAUAUUUUGCAACCAGUGGAUGUAGGUUGCUUUGGACCCUUUCAACUAAAAUACAAUCAGGAAUGUCUAUCUUUUUCACGUUUGAAUCACAAAACAGUCACCCGUUAUGAUGUAUGUGCUCUUGCUUGCAAAGCCUACACUGCUGCCUUGUCACCAACCAAUAUUCAGGCAGCAUUUUCAAAAUCUGGCAUCUAUCCUUUUCAAUCAGCCGAUAGCAUGAUAGAAAAACUAAAGCAAAAAAUUACUCCAUCAAUCCUCUACCAAAAUGAAACAGGAGAUAAUCUUGAAAUUAAAACUGAAGAAAAAAAUACCACUGAACCAAAUGAACUUGCAACAUCAAAAAUGACACCUGCAAAUUCAGACACAGCCUGCAGAGAGAAACAAACAAAUUGUACUGGAGAUAGUAACCUAUCAAAUAAUGAAGAUUUCUUUUCAAAGAAAGGGGAAGUUCAAUGUAAAAUUGAAAAAUUAAAAAAGAAGAGAAGAAAUAUCAGUCAUUACAAAAACUGUGAGAAAACCAUAACUUCUAAAAGUACAAAAACUGUGAGAAAACCAAUCAAAAAUAAACAGGAACCAAAGAAGAACAAGAAGUGUAUCGCAUCAUCGGACUCUCAACAGCCUGGACCAUCUUGUAUCAACCUUACUGAUUCAGAUGAUUAUAUUCUAAACUCAGAUGAGGAAGAACAUGAAUCGCAGAUGAGUGAAAAUGAGAAGUGUUGCGUUUGUAAAAAUUUCUAUGUGAAGUCAAGAAAUGUGUAUGAAAUUGCUAUUGUCAAAUGGGCUCAGUGUGAGUCAUGUGGACACUGGGUUCAUCUCCAGUACUGUUCACCUGUUCGUGUUGUCAGGAAAAAUACACCAUUUAAUUGUCCAUGCUGUGAAUAG